UGACCCCGCUUUGAGGAAGUAUAUUAGAGUGCUGCUCUGCUGUAGUUUUCACGGUAGCUCUUUAGUCAGCUCAGGAAUAAACAUGGACAACCUCUGCAUUGACAGUUUUAUUCUGAAGCUUCAUGAUGUGAACGCGGUGAAGUUCGGAGAAUAUAAACUGAAGAGCGGCAUGAUGACGCCCAUUUACAUCGACUUGAGAGUACUCGUGUCCCAUCCACGCCUUAUGAAUCAGGUGGCAAAACUCAUGUACCAAAGAGCUCAAGAUGAAAGACUUGAGUUUGACACAGUGUGUGGUGUUCCAUACACAGCCUUGCCAAUGGCCACUAUUAUCUGCUCCACACAUGAACUGCCCAUGCUAAUCAGGCGCAAAGAGGCCAAGGACUAUGGAACCAAGCGUCUCGUGGAGGGCUCAUUUAAAGCAGGAGAUACAUGUCUUAUCAUUGAAGACACUGUGACCAGUGGCAGCAGCAUCCUAGAAACGGCUGAAGUGCUGUACAAAGAAGGACUGAAGGUGACAGAUGCCAUUGUGCUGAUGGACAGAGAGCAAGGUGCUGUGGACAUGUUGGCGUCAAAGGGGAUCAGGCUCCAUCCUAUCAUCUCCAUGUUCAAGCUGCUCAAUGUGCUGCAGGCCUCCCAACGUAUUGACACAGAAAAAGCCCAGAACGUGCGCAAGUUCAUCUUGGACAAUAACACUUUUAGAUCUGAGGAGCAGAAUGGGAUUGAUGUCCCUGGUUCAAAGAAGCAACAUGUGGAACAAAACCUGCAUCUGAGCUAUGAAGCCAGAGCCAAACUUCCAAAUGUUCAGCGUUUAGGGUCAAAGCUAUUGACAAUCAUGGUAGACAAGCAGUCCAACCUUUGCCUGUCUGCUGAUGUUUCAAGCAGCGAGGAGCUGCUCCACAUGGCAGAUACUCUGGGUCCGAAGAUUUGCCUACUGAAGACCCAUGUAGACAUUCUAAAGGACUUCACUGUGGCCUUCAGCCAGAAACUCCAGGCUGUUGCCGAGAAGCAUAACUUCCUCAUUUUCGAAGAUCGCAAGUUUGCUGAUAUCGGCAAUACAGUCAAGCAUCAAUAUGAAGGUGGUGUGUACCAGAUCUCCUCAUGGUCUCACAUAGUGAAUGCCCAUGCAGUGCCAGGACCUGGCGUGGUGAGCGGCCUGGCUUCUGUAGGCAGGCCUCUCGGCCGAGGCUGUCUGCUGAUUGCACAGAUGAGCUCACAGGGCUCACUGGUGAAUGAAGAGUACACAAAGGCUGUGGUAAAAAUGGCUGAGGAGAAUUCAGACUUUGUCAUGGGCUUUAUCUGUGGUUCGAAGAUCACAAAGAGGCCAGAGUUCAUCCACAUGACCCCUGGGGUGCAAAUGAAAGCUGGAGGAGAUGCUCUUGGACAGCAGUACAACACUCCAGAGGAAGUUAUCUACAACAAGGGCUCUGAUGUCAUCAUUGUUGGCAGAGGUAUCCUUGAGGCCCCUGAUAGGCUAGAAGCUGCUGAGGCCUACAGGAAGUUGGGCUGGGAGGCCUACACAAGGAGGAUGGAUCAGAGUUCUCAAUAAGAGUGCAGCAAUAGCCUUCAUAACACAAUAAUAAUUAGGUUUGGGGGAAGACUGACCAUAUUGUCCACUUCUGAUGGGCAGCAGUUCAACAUAGCUGGUGGUUGCACACUGGACUGUUGAAGAAAAUCGCUGCUCGCUCCAGUUCUCUACUUCUCUCGGACUUGUGGGAUAUUUCACUGCCUUUGCAGUAUUUCUUUGUACUUUACAUUUUUUCCACUCCCUUUCACGUCACCAUUUAACUUUAUAGAAUUGUGAGAAGCAGACUUGCCAUGCAAAAAAAAGAUCUUUUGGAUCUUUGAUGCAGUCAUUUUUUUGAGUCAAUAGAGAAGUAUUUAUAGAUGAAGUAAUAACUACACUACUUACUAACUCAUUAGUAAUUAGUAUUGUAUUAGUUUGUGUGCUACACGGUGAUUGAAAAGUAACUCGAUUUUGACAUUUAUUCAUAUGUUGUAAUAUUGUUCUCAUUUUUUGUGUAUGUUCCAAAUCUUUGGGAAUUAUAGGUUCUUGUAUUCUUGUCAGAUCGAUUAUUUUUUUUGAAAUUUGAAAGCCCUACAAAAAUGAUCCACAAUGGUCAUACUGAUACUGCAUCAGCCACAGAUCCUGUAGCAAUGAGUUUUGCAUUACAAUUCUUGAUCGUCUUAGUGUCAACUUGAGCAUGUCGUCCUUUAGUGGUCUUCCACCAUCUUUGUACUUGAACAAUGGACCUCCAAAGUUACUUUAAAAUCACCUUGUAGUCAUUAGUGAUAACCUCAGUCAUAUUUUGAGUUGAUUUGAGUAGUUUUCAUUGAUGAAGUAAUUAGUAGUUAUUAGUAAUAUAUAUGAAUAUUAGUAUAUGGUUACUAGUAGUAACUAUAGUUAUUACUUCAUCUUAAAGUAGUAAGUCAAACACAAAGCAUCCUCCAGCACAGCCAGUCUGCUUUGCAGGUUCCAGUUCCAAACAGUAUACGCACCGACUUGACUGCCUUAUGAGGGAACACUUUUUGUAUACGCACACUUUCAUGUCUUUUUACAACUUUAAAUAAUGUCAGCUGCAUAUAUUCAGUGAUGUAUGUUUUGAGCCAAUUAUCAUCAUGAUUACUGUGAAUUAUAAAAGAGGAAAUGCAGAUACUGUCUCAUCUGGCCGACUCUUUGCAUUGCCAAAAUAAAAUAAAAAUAAUAAAACCUG